AUGGUCACUGCGCAGAGCCAGCAACUAAAGCUACAGCCUAAGCUGGCGACGAAAUCGGACAACCUCAACCUCUAUCAUCCGGCCAGCCUGCGACCUCUUCCUUUACCGCCUCCCCUACUUACGCUUCCGGAAACUCUCGGAGCCCCAGUUAUUCCGAAGUCUCCAGCGCAGAUGGAGAACUUCAUGGUGCUCGUGAAGCUCUACUACCAAGGCGCUGUACGCGGAAUGCCAAUUGCCUCGGAUCUGUCCUGGGACGCGUUCCUCAAUGCCGUCCUGGCAAAGUUCGGUCAUCCACUCGCUGGACUAUGCAUGGAAUUCGAGGAUGAGGAAGACAAUAACGAGCGGGUUCGUUUACAGGAUCAGACAGACUACGAGCUCGCCAUCUCGGUGGCUCGUGCAAGCAUGAAGGACAGGCCGGAAGCGAGAUUAAAGAUAUGGUGUACUGACAAACACCCAUGA